AUGUCCUGGAUAUUGGACCAACUCUCCCUUCCCAAGGGUCAAAAACGAAACACAAGACAAAUCAUGGGUUCCUGCUCCAGCAAGUCCGGCGAUCCCUACCAUUGGGGCUACAUCGAUGACGGCAAGGGCUGGACGGCGCGCCCGCGGUCCGAGUACAUGAAGACACCGGCGUAUAACAAGCACCUGCGGAGGCAGAUGAGGGAGGAGUCGCAUGCUAGGGGAGGGAAUGGGCAUAUUUCCAUGGCGGAGCAGUCGAGGAAGCAGUGGUGA